AUGAAUGUGGCGUCUUGGGUUGUGGCCUAGGAAGUCGGCCCAGAAACUUCCAGACUUGCUGCCUUAGCGAUUCAGUGAUCAUCGUUAAGAAACCCGAAGGUUUUACCAGGGUUUUGUUGGAGUACCGGAAGUGGAAGACAUGAACCGAUUUCUGAGAAGGGCUUCAGUUUCUUCCGGCCGACCAUCGCUUAUUCGGGCCCUCGCCAUUGCUGCUGCCGGGUCGGGUCUUCUCUAUGCCCUCAGCAGCUACUCCGAUUCAAACGGAACGAUCUCUCUCUCAAUUCCAGCUCCAUUGAGUGAAUCUCUAUUACCAUCAUGCCACCUAUCACGGCAGUUAAUCUCUUUGCCUCCAUUUAUUUCCGCAGAGCAUUGGGAUUUUGGAAAUCUUUCGUUAUUUUCUUCUGGAGUUAGUCCUGUUCCACCUGCUGACAUAAAGAAAGGGUGUUCUGUUGUUGGAGAUGAUCCAAAACCAUGUUGUGGAUGUUUAGGCAGGGAUACUAUAGCCAAUGCGGCUGCUAGGGUUGGUCCAGCUGUUGUCAAUCUCUCGGUUCCUCAGGGAUUCUUUGGGAUUACCACUGGAAAGAGCAUAGGCUCUGGAACUAUUAUUGAUUCAGAUGGUACUAUUUUAACAUGUGCUCAUGUUGUGGUGGAUUUUCAAGGCCUUAAAGCUUCAUCCAAAGGGAAGGUAGAUGUGACUUUGCAAGAUGGUCGAACAUUUGAGGGUACAGUGGUCAAUGCUGAUUUACAUUCAGAUAUUGCUAUAGUAAAGAUUAAAUCUAAAACUCCAUUGCCAAACGCAAAGCUUGGUGUUUCAAGUAGGCUUCGCCCUGGAGAUUGGGUGAUAGCUAUGGGCUGCCCACUUUCCCUUCAAAAUACUGUGACAGCUGGUAUUGUAAGUUGUGUUGACCGUAAAAGCAGUGACCUGGGUCUUGGAGGCAUGCGAAGAGAGUAUUUGCAGACUGAUUGCGCAAUCAAUGAGGGAAAUUCUGGUGGACCGCUUGUUAAUAUUGAUGGAGAAGUUGUUGGUGUCAAUAUCAUGAAAGUAUUGGCUGCAGAUGGAUUAAGUUUUGCUGUACCAAUUGACUCAGUUGCCAAAAUCAUAGAGCAUUUCAAGAAAAGUGGGAGAGUGGUUCGUCCUUGGCUUGGCUUGAAGAUGAUUGAUCUGAAUGAGAUGAUUAUUGCUCAACUUAAAGAGAGAGAUGCCAGAUUUCCAAAUGUUGACAGGGGCGUUCUUGUCCCUAUGGUAACUCCAGGAUCUCCUGCAGAUCGUGCUGGAUUCCAUCCAGGUGAUGUUGUCAUCGAAUUUGACGGGAAGCCUGUUGAAAGCAUCAAGGAGAUUAUUGAGAUUAUGGGGGACAGGGUUGGAGUUCCCUUGAAGGCAGUUGUGAAAAGGUCCAAUGAUAUUUUGGUGACGUUGACAGUCACUCCAGAGGAAGCAAAUCCAGACAUGUGAGUACUCUAUAGUUUUUGCUUUCAUGAACAGAUUGGAGGAAGAUCAGCGGAAGCUUGAGUUGAAUGGAAUUGAGAUUUGUCUUUAUGCAUCAGGAAGUUGUGAUUAAAAAGAAUAUCUUCAAUGAUUUGAUCUAUACAUUGCCUUCCUCAUAAAUGGAUCUGUAAUUGUUACAGAACAAAACGGAACAAAUUGUACUACAUUUUUUUUUCGGAUGCUAAUCAAGUUCUCUGGUUCAUGAGGAGCUUAUAUUAA